AUGGCCAAUCAGCGGAGAACCGCCGCUGGUCGGGCGAACUCCGCCCAGCGCGUUUAUCGCCAAUCGGUACGCUAUUUGGCUUUAUUUUUUUCAAAAAUCAAACUAGUUUUGAAAAAUUUUUAAAGAAUCGUUAUAGGAGGAAGGGUAAAAUUGUCGUUUUUUUAUCGCUUUUUUUGCUCGAAAUUUGACUAUUUUUUUAGUAAUAUUUCUUUAUUUUCAAUGUGUUUUGUGCUAUUAGAAUAUUUAUGAAUAUCUCAAAAUUGAAAAAAAUUUGCUUGUUCUUUUUUUUAAAUAAUCGUCGUUUUUUUCAGUAUAUUUUUUUAGGUGAAAUUAUUGAUUUUUUUCCGUUUUUUUUGUUCAACUUAAGUUAUAAAUUUUGAUUUUUUUCGUGUUUUUUUAAGUUGAAAAAAAGAGCGUUUAAAGAUCAAAUGGAUAAUGAGAAAAACUUUUUGAAUAAUGAUCAUUUUUUUCAGUAGAUUUAUAGGUCAAAUUAGUGAUUCUACCGUGUUUUUCAGUUGGUUUUCAGUCUUAAAUUCUAAUUUUUUUCGUGUUUUUUUCAGUUGAAAAAAAUAGUGAGUUUAGCAAUGUUUUUUUAGAUUUUUGAGAGAAAAAAAUUAUUUUACGCCUGUUUUUUUCAUAAAAAAAUCGAAUGAAAGAUGAUGAAACUGAAGAUUUUUUUCCAUUUUUUUCACAAUUUUAUAGGUCAAAAAUCAUUGAUUAUAUCGCUUUUUUUCUGUUGAUAUUUUUUUACCUAGAUCUUGAUUUCUCACAGUUUUUUUAUAAAAAAAUUUGUACAUUUUUUUACGAUUUUUCAUGAGUAUUUUUUUCGAGUUGAAACAGUGAAAUGAGUUUAUUUUUGAUCGAAUUUUCGAAAUAAAAAACAUUUUUGCAGCAAAUUCGGUACGCACCGGGCGCCGGCGGCGAAUCAGAAAUCAGUUGUUGCGUCAAAUAUUCCGUUUUCGGGUUCAAUGUGAUUUUCUUCCUUUUGGGUGGGUUUUCUUUUUCGUUCAAAAAAUGAGAAAAUUUCUUCAGGUGUUACUUUGCUUUUGAUCGGAACUUGGGCGCAAAUCGAGAAGAACAAUAUUUAUAGUCAUUUGAACAAGGUUUUUGUCUCGAUUUGAUGAUUUUGAGCUAUAAAUAUUGAUUUUCAAGGCUUCGAAAUUGUAUUUGGAUCCGACGUGGCUGCUGCUGGUCGUUGGUCUUUUGACUUUCAUUAUUGGUUCGUUUCAAAUUUUAUUUUUAGCGUUGAAAAUAGGGAUUUAGUGAUAGUUCUGUAGGCUUUUCAAAGGAAAAUGGUUAUUUUUGAGAUUUUUUUUGAUUCUUUUAUUUUUCUGUAGGGUAUUUUCUUUUUAAUAUGACAUUUUUCGGAGGGAUAAUUUUCAUAAAAGUUUAGUUUUUCAGGUUUAUCAGUCCUGAUAAUUUUUCGCGGUUAUAGGUACUUUAUAGGACACUUUAGGGACCACUUGGAACAUUUUAAGACAGUUUUCUGGUUAAUUUUCAAUAGUUUUUGAUUUUUUCUAGUUGUGAAAGAGCAGUUUUCAGGUUUAUGAGUGUCAAAAUAACUGUUUGGAUAUUUUUUCAUGUUUUAGGAACAGUAUAGGACACUUUAGGGACCACUUGGACCAUUCUAUGACAUUUUCAGUGGUUUAGGAUUUUUCCUAUUUAUCAAAGAUAAAUUUUGAGGUUUAUCAGUGAUAAAAUAACUAUUUUAAUAUUUUUCAUGUUUUAGGAAUAGUAUAGGACACUUUAGGGACUACUUGGACCAAUUUAUAGCACUUUUUUGUCCCUAAUUUUCAAUGGUUUAUAAUUUUCUUGAUUAUUAGAGUUUAGUUUUUAGAUUUCUUAGUGAUAAAAUAACUGUCCUGAUAUCUUUUCUAGUUUUUAGAAGCUCUAUAGGACACUUUAGGGACCACUUGGACCAUUUUAUAUCAAUUUUCGUCACUAAUUUUCAAUAGUUUAUGAUUUUUUCCUAAUUUUCGAAGUUUAUUUUUUAGGUUUAUUAGUGUCAAAAUAACUGUUUGGAUACUUUUCCUGUUUUAGGAACUUUUUAGAACACUUUAGUGACCACUUAGACCAUUUUAUGACAGUUUUUCUGUCUAUUUUUGAUAGUUUAAGAUUUUUCCUGAUCUCUAAAGUUUAAUUUUCAGGUUUAUCAGUGAUAAGAUAACUAUCCUGAUCAUUUUUCGUGUUUUUAGGACCUUUUUAUUGCACUUUAGGGACUACUUGGAUUAUUUUACAUCAGUUUUUGUACCUAAUUCUCACUGGUUUAUGAUUUUUCCUAAUCUUUCAAGUUUAAUUUUCAGGUUUCUUAAUAAUUAAGUAAUUAUCCUGAUAUUUUUCUGUAUUUUAGGAACAGUAUAAGACACUUUAGGAACCACUUGGAACAUUUUAUAGCCCUUUUUUGUCCCUAAUUUUCAAUGGUUCAAGAUUUUUCCUAAUAUUUAAAGGUUAAUUUCCAGGUUUCUUAGUGAUAAAAUAACUAUCCUGGUAUUUUUUCGUAUUUUAGCAAUUUUUCAGCGCACUUCAGGGACUACUUGGACCAUUUUAAGACAGUUUUCUUGUUCAUUUUCAAUAGUUUACGAUUUUUCCUAAUAUUUAAAGGUUAAUUUCCAGGUUUCUUAGUGAUAAAAUAACUAUCCGGAUAUCUUUCCGUGUUUUUAGGGUACUUUAGUGAGCACUUAGACCCGUUUUUGUCUCUAAUUUUCAAUGGUUUAUAAUUUUUCUUGAUUAUUAGAGUUUAGUUUUUAGAUUUCUUAGUGAUAAAAUAACUGUCCUGAUAUCUUUUCUAGUUUUUAGAAGCUCUAUAGGACACUUUAGGGACCACUGGGACCAUUUUUUUACAGUUUUAUUGUUCAUUUUCAAUAGUUUAUGAUUUUUAUCCAGUUAGUCAAAGUGCAGCUCCCAAAUCCAUAAGCUGACCGAUUUGCAGCUCUCAAAUCGAAAAGCUGACCCAUUUGUGAUAAGAUAGCUAUCCGGAUCUUUUCGUGUUUUUAGGACCUUUUGGUGCACUUUAGGGACCACUUGGACCAUUUUACAUCAGCUUUUUGACUAUAUUCCAAUGAUUUCUAUGUUUUUUUCAUUCAAAAUUCAAAUAUUUCUUCCCGAUUUUUAGGAUUCAGCGGCUGUGUUGGAUCUCUCCGUGAAAAUACGUCGUUUUUGACGUUUUAUUCGACUUUGUUGGGCCUUUUGCUCAUCGCCGAGUUCUCUGGUUAGUUUUGUAGUGAAAUUUAAAAAUAGAAAGAGAAAAAAUACAGAAAUAGAAGAAUUAUGAUGAAAUAAUAAGGAAAAAUGUUAUAAAAUAAGUUUUUCCUUGGUUUUUUUUUCAGAUUUUGGGUGAAUUAGAGAUAUUUUUUUCAAAAUUUCCACGAUAUUUAAUGAAUUUUACAGUAUCAAUCAAAUAUAACCUUGCAUUUUUCAUUUUAGAAAGUUUUGGAAAGGUGGAAUAGCUGUAUUAUAUCAAUUUGAAUCGAGAAAAAAAUUCAAAAAAUUUUUUUUCAGUCGCUGUUUUUGCCUACGUCAGGAGAGACCAGCUCGAUAUGUACAUUCGGAAUUUGUUGAAUGACGUGGUGAGUUUUUGAAUUUUCAGAAAAAAAAAAUGAGAAGCUUUCAAAUGAUCAAGUUUCAUUAAACUUGCAGCUCCCAGAAAAAGAAAAUGAGAAAAAAAAAAUCUGAAAUAUGUUAUAUAAAAGUCAAAGUGCCGCUCCCAAAUAAAUUAGCUGUCACUUUUGCAGCUCCCAAAUGAAUAGCUGACCGAUUAACAGCUCUCAAAUAAAUUAACUGACCAAUUUGGAGCUCUCAAAUAAAUAGCUGACCGAUUUGCAGCUCCCAAAUGAAUGAGCUGACCAAUUCGCAGCCUCCAAAAUUUAAAAAAUACCAAAGAUUCUUUUUUAGUGUUUAGUUUUUAAAAGUACAUAAAAUAUAUCAUUCGUAAAAUCAGAAAAAAAAAGUCUCAAAGAAGCUUUUGUAAAAAGGCUUGAUAGCGCUUCUUAUUAAUUUUGAUCGCAAAAGUUUUUUUGAAAAAUGAUGUUGGAAAGAAGAACGGUCAGGAUAAGUUUCAAGUAGGAAUUAAAAGUAAAAAUAUUCUUUUCCUUGAAUUUAUUUUAAGAAGGGAAUCUUUUUUGCACCUCUUUAGGAAAUUAAAAAGGCACUUUCGUUCUUCAUUGAAGGUUGUUCGAAUGAAUUAUAAGCUACAAAAAAAAAAUAGGAGGUAUUUUUAAUUUUUUUGAAAAGUUAGAAAGUAAAGCUUGAACCUUUUUUUCUCUUCUCAAGAACAAGAGGAGCUUCUGUUGAUCUUGAGGUCUUAAAGGUUUCAACUUUACCCUGGAGCAUAAUUAUUAAUGCCGUUUUCAGAAAAAUUUCCGCGAAAUUCGAAAUUAUCUCUGUCUCUCCAAAUUUUAGUUAUAUUUCUUCCCACGUUGACGGCUAUUUCGAGUUCUUCGGAAUCACUUUUAACACUGAAUAGUGUAGCGAUUUUACAUAACACGGGCAAAGUCCAGAAGGACCUAGAAAGAACCUUUCGGAAAAAAGGUUUUGGGAGCUGCAAAUUGGUCAGAAUUUUGAUUUGGGAGCUGAAAAUUGGCCGGAUUUUCAAUUUGGGAGCUGCAAAUUGGCCGGAUUUUCAAUAUGGGGGCUGCAAAUUGGUCAGAUUUUUUAUUUGGGAGCUGCAAAUCGGUUAGCUUCUCGAUUUGGGAGCUGCAAAUUGGUCAGAUUUUUUAUUUGGGAGCUGCGAAUCGGUCAGAUUUCAGAGCUGCACUCCGGUUUUGUGAUAACUUAUUUUUGAAAGACGCCUUUUUUCUCGACUUUUUUUUGAAAAGGUCCUUAAAGGAGGAAAAAAAGAAGAAGGUGAUCCCGAGACUCUUUUGACAACCUUCUAGGAACUCGAAAAAAAAUAUUCUAAAGCUACUUUUUAAGGUCGUUUGCACUUUACCCGUGUUAUUUACGCAUGAUUUUUCCAUAAGAGACAUUUUUGAAGGUUGUCGGCUACCGGGACGAUCCGGACCUUCAAGUCCUGAUCGACACGAUGCAGGAAUCGUGGAAAUGUUGCGGGAUCAACGGCGCCGACGACUGGGAUCGCAACACUUAUUUUUCGAUCGCUGCUAGGAAUGUGAGUGGAGAUGAUUAGCGUUGUCAGCGAGAAUCUUGAGAUAAGAUAGUUGAAAAAAAGAAAAAUUGAACGAAAUUGGUUGUUAUAAACUUGAUAUCUGUAUUUUGUGACAUGAAAUUGUUCUUUCAAAUUAAAAAAAAAUUUUUUUGGUAGGAGGAAAAUUUUUGUUUUUCAUGAGUUCUACAUCGCGGUAAUUUUUUAUCAAUUUUCAAGUUUCGAUUUUUUCAAAAAUUCCUUGUUAGAAACGCUAAAAAGGUCAUUUUUGAUGAUAAUCUGAAAAAAAAAGUCAGGAUCUUGAACAUUUUUCAGUGAAUAGUAUAUUGAUUUCCUCAAAGUCCGUCUGAUCCCUAAAGCGUUCACUUAGUCCUAUACAUGCAGAAAUUUGAGUAUUUUAAAGCGGUCACUAUAGGGAAAAUCUUUGGGGCCCUUGAAGGUUACCUUCAGAGACCACUUAACUUCUCCCUGUAGGGGCCACUUUUUCAAGCUUUAAUGCCCCUAUAAUAGUUGUAGUUAGUGGCCCCUAUAGAGAAAGCAUGCUAGGAGCCCCUAAAGGGCUCAAGAUCUCAAAAAAGUUAGCGUUUUUUGAAUGGAAAACAUUAACAGAAAAAAAAUCUUUUUUUUUUUGAAUCAAAAAUUGUAACCCAAUAAAUGUAAAAACCCUAUAGGGACCACUUAAGCUUUAUGUGGCAUCAGAUCCGGAACCCCUAAAGUGACCGCUUCAAUUUUACCUGUCAAGGGACCCUAUAGGGCCUGUUUUUGCACCCUAACCCCUCUAGGGGCCACUCUAGCAUUCCUCAGAAGGAGGUAUAGAUACGAAGAUUAUUUCCGAAUUUUUUUUGGCUCUUCUAGGGCCUGUUUUUCCUCCUGGACCUCUCUAGGGACCACUUAGCCUUUAGGGAGCUAGACAUCAGAUCCUGGACCCCUAAAGUGUCCGCUUGUAUUUUACUUUUCGAGGAGAUACCAUUUUGGCCACUCUAGGGCCUGUUUUCGCACCCUAACCCCUCUAGGGACCACUCUAGCAUUCCUAAAAGGAGGUAUAGAUACGAAGAUGAAUUGCGAAUUUUUUCCGUUCUCUAUAGGGCCUGUUUUUCCUCCCGAACCUCUCUAGGGACCACUUAGCCUUUAGGGAGCUAGACAUCAGAUUCUGGACCCCUAAAGUGUCCGCUUGUAUUUUACUUUUCGAGGAGAUACCAUUUUGGCCACUCUAGGGCCUGUUUUCGCACCCUAACCCCUCUAGGGACCACUCUAGCAUUCCUAAAAGGAGGUAUAGAUACGAAGAUGAAUUGCGAAUUUUUUCCGUUCUCUAUAGGGCCUGUUUUUCCUCCCGAACCUCUCUAGGGACCACUUAGCCUUUAGGGAGCUAGACAUCAGAUUCUGGACCCCUAAAGUGUCCGCUUGUAUUUUACUUUUCGAGGAGAUACCAUUUUGGCCACUCUAGGGCCUGUUUUCGCACCCUAACCCCUCUAGGGACCACUCUAGCAUUCCUAAAAGGAGGUAUAGAUACGAAGAUGAAUUGCGAAUUUUUUCCGUUCUCUAUAGGGCCUGUUUUUCCUCCCGAACCUCUCUAGGGACCACUUAGCCUUUAGGGAGCUAGACAUCAGAUUCUGGACCCCUAAAGUGUCCGCUUGUAUUUUACUUUUCGAGGAGAUACCAUUUUGGCCACUCUAGGGCCUGUUUUCGCACCCUAACCCCUCUAGGGACCACUCUAGCAUUCCUGAAAAGGAGGUCUAGAUAAAAAGAUGAAUUCCGAAUUUUUUUCGUUCCCUAUAGAGCCUGUUUCUGCUUUCUAACCUCUCUAGGGACCACUUAGCCUUUAGGGAGCUAGACAUCAGAUUCUGGACCCCUAAAGUGUCCGCUUGAAUUUUACCUCUCAAAGAGAUACCAUUUUGGCCACUCUAGGGCCUGUUUUCGCACCCUAACCCCCCUAGGGACCACUCUAGCAUUCCUGAAAAGGAGGUCUAGAUAAAAAGAUGAAUUCCGAAUUUUUUUUUUCGUUCCCUAUAGAGCCUGUUUCUGCUUUCUAACCUCUCUAGGGACCACUUGGAAGAUCAUAAGAAAAAUUUCUUUUUUCUCCAGGUUGCCGGGGCCACGGAAGCCGGCGGUGUUCCAUUUUCCUGUUGCGUGAACAGCAGCGAACUGUCCUUCAAGAAUUUCUACUGUGGCCAUGGAGUUCGCUUAAAGGUUUUCUAGUCAUAAAAAUGAUAAAAAAAGUGUAAAAAAAUGAUCAUUUUUUUCCAGCAAGACGUGAUGCACCGGGCGAUGGCCCAAACGGCCUCGAUCUACACGGAAGGAUGCCUUCCGAAAUUGCAACUUUGGCUCAAUAAUAAUGUCCUCCUCGUCGGGGUCUCCAUGAUCAUCAUUGCCAUUAUACAGGUUUUCCGAAGUUUUUCAAAAUUUCUGAGAAAGAUAUUUAGGUACUUUUUUUUCCCUCAUGAAAAUUCAACUUUUUCGAAAAAUCUAGCCCACAUUUUAAUCAGAACUUCAUCUAUUUGAAUUAAUCCCGAUUUUUUUUUAAAUUGACGCGUUUUUCGUUUCGAAAUGAUGUUGUUAAAUAGGAAUUUCGGGAGCUGGAAAACGCUGAAGUGGGUCCUUAAAGGAGUUCGAAGUCAAGUGGGUCCUUUAGGGAGUUUGAGGUCAAGUGGGUCCUUUAGGGAGUUUGAGAUUUAGUGGGUCCUUAAGGGAGUUUGAGGUUUAGUGGGUUCUUUAGGGAGUUUGAGGUCAAGUGGGUCCUUAAGGGGGUUUGAGAUUUAGUGGGUCCUUAAGGGAGUUUGAGGUUUAGUGGGUUCUUUAGGGAGUUUGAGUGUUAGUGGGUCCUUAAGGGGGUUUGAAGUCAAGUGGGUCCUUUAGAGAGAGUAAUAGGAGCUUCUGAAGGGAAAAAUUUGAAGAAACCCCUAUAGGAGGCACUUCCAAAACUUUCUCUUAUUGGGAAAAGCUGAGGGGCCCUCUAAGGAAUUCGGGUCCUUUAGGGAGGGUUUUAAAACUUCCUAGAGGGUCCUAGAGGGACCGAUUUGAAGGAUCCUUAAAGGGGGCACUUUUUAGCUUGGGAAAAUUUCCAGCCCCUGAGGGGGGGGUGAGGCCAAGUGGGACCUUUAGGGAGAGUAUAAGGACCUCCUAGAGGGUCCUAGAGGGACCGAUUUGAAGGACCCCUAUAGGGGGCACUUUGAAACCUUUUGCAGCCCCCCAGAAUCCUGGAGAAACGCGCAAAAGGAAGUGCUAUAGUACACCGAAGUAGAGGGCUUUUUUUUCCCUGUAGGGCCCACUUCAGCUUUUCCCAUUACAUCGCUAUAUGGUGACUUUAACACGCGAAUUUCGAACUUAUCUAGAAAAAUUCCCAAAAAAAAUGUUAAUACGCAAAAUUGGAAUUCCGGGAGCCCUGAAAAAAGUUGGGUCCUACAGCGAUAUGUUGCUUCUACGCGCGAAGCUUCAACUUUUUAAAUUUGUAGGGGGUUUUUAACGAAAAUUUUUUUAAGAUUACAAGAAAAACUACAAGUUUAUAUGUUAAUUAUUAAAAAAACGCACAUGAGUUCGCAGCAAAAAAAUGAUUCCAAAAUUGGUUAUUAUGGUUUUUUUGAAACAGCGAAAGGUUUUACGAUUUUCUUGUCCUCUAUAAAAUCCGUUUUUUUGAUACGUAGUUAUAAAAAGCUCGGUUUAAAAACGUAUUUUUUUGAACAAAUUUUCGGAAAAAAAGUUUAUAAAUGACAUUCCUGUAUGAACUCCAAUAUAAAAAAACGAGAAUUGCUAAUAAGUUAUCAAUAGCUUGACGAUUCAUCUACUUUAUACACCUUUUUUUCCGAAAGUAGGCAUUUUUUUCAAUAUUUUUCAUUUUUUUAUUACGUUUGAAAACUGAUGAAAAAUGUUGCAAAUAUUUAAUUCUAGAUCAAAAAAAUAAAGGGAUUAUUCGUGCGCCAAAAAUUCUUUUUCAGUGUUUUUUUGGAAAAAAAUCCUUAAUUUUUUUAAUCUUUCCAUGAGAAUAUUGUAGCAUCGAUUCAUAAAUCCGAAAAAAAUCAAUUUUUUUCUAAUAUAGUCCAUUUACCGCUACUUGAAACUGCUGUUUUUCUCUGCGCCCUCUCAUGUUUCCGUGCUACUUUCUCGUUUCUCUGACCUUGCCGGUGAGGGAACAGAGAGACGCAGACACGCGAAAACUUUCAAGUCGCGGCGAAUGGACUAUAAAGAACAGUGAAAACCAAAAAAUUCCCGAUUUUCCAGGUUUUGGGAAUUUGCUUCGCGCAAAAUUUGAAGAGCGACGUCUUCGCCCAACGCGCCAAAUGGUACUAUACCCAUUGAAAAUCAUCGAUUUUUCCCUCUUUUCACAAAUUUUCUAGGAUUCUCAAUUGCAUUUUUCACCUCUACGCAAGUUUCUUUUUCUGUCAAAUGUCAGUAUUUUCCCCCCGAAAUAUUCCAUUGAAACGAAUCUUUCACAAUAAUUCCUUUCCAAGUAUUUCAAUCGUUACGUGUUCCUUCCCCCACACUUGUUGCUUCGAUUUCCACAUUUUUCUAGGUUUUAUCGACUUUCUGUUCUGUGAUCCUGUUCCUAUCGCUCAAAAGUUGAUGAAUCUUAUUGUACACAUGACUUCUCCGCCUUUUUAUGUGAUAUUUUGCAAUGAAGUUGUUUGAUUGAAGUUUUUCUGAACUUGAAAAAAAGUUAUUAUCUGCGUAUUUUUUUCAAAAAAUAAGAAAAAAGCAUUUUUUCGAGUCAUGGGUUACGGUAGACAGCUAUUGUUCCUACCGAAGUGUAUGCACAAGACACGCUUUUCACGACGCAUUAUUUUAAUCGGCUUUUUUCACGUUUUUUCUUUAAUUUAUUGGAGAAUUUUGUCGUUGUUUCUGUUACUUGAUGAAGUUAAAGCUUCGUAUUGCUUUUUUUGUGAAAUCAGAAAAAAAGUUCAUCAAAAUCAUUUUUUAUCAAGGCGUAACUGCAAAAAUUCAAUCUCAGUCUCUUUUUCGUAAUUCUUGAGGAAUAAUCACACUCAGGAAUGGGAAAUCGUGUUUCCAGCCUUUUUUGUGCUGAAGCUAUGGAAUAAUCACAAUUUAUUUGACAAAACGUCAGGUUUUUUCGUGGUAAUUUAUUUUUAUAUAUAUCUCUGAUGACGCGUUGAUCGAGUAAAAUUUAAUAUUUUCGACGAUUUGCACACCAUUUUACGUUUUGAAACGUGCUAAGAUGAGCUAAUUUUCAUUUUUCAGUGAAUGAGCCAUUCAAACUGAUGGUUUUGGUGGAAAUUACUGUAUUGAUCGCUGUAUUUAUUUCAUUUCUGACAAUCAUUUUGGAAGACGAGGCUCAUCCGAACGGCGUUAAGGUUAUUUUUAACGUAAAAUCUGUUAUUAAAAAUCUUGCUAGGGUAUUUAAAUGAGAGAAAUAUAAUUUUUGAAGGUCUCGAGACGUUUUUUAGUGUUACUUGAGGUUGUAUAUUUCUUUUGGACACUCCAACAAGAGUUUUGAAGUUUAAAUUGAAUAAAAUCAUGGAAAAUAUUCAGAAUAUCACAACUUUUCUGGAGUAUCUUUGUAUCAGCGGGGAGCAGUGGAGAAGUCACGAAUUCCAAGGUUUUCGUUCAAAAAUCCUGUUUUUUCAAGAAUAUUAAUUUCAGAGAAGAAGCUGCGGAAGAAAUCAAAGUAAAAAUGGCCGAGGAAACGAAAAAAGACGAAGAAGAGGCGAAAGAUUUCAUUUCGAAGCUGAAGGCGAAGUUUUUUUGGAGCUGAAAUAUUUGUUUGUGGAUAAACCGCCGGAAAAAAAUCGAGCCUUUGCCGGUGAGUGACGAUUUUCUGUUGAAUUUUCAAUGGAAAUCUUGAUUUUUGAUUUGAAAAUAAUUAUUUUGAAAAGCUUGAUAUUUUUUUCCUCAAAAAAAUAGGCAAAAAAAUUUUUUUUCCUAUUUUUUUGUGAAAAAAAGUUUGGUCAUAAGAUUUUGCUUCUUCCUUUCUGAAAUUAAGAAUUAAACUCAAAAAUUCUUGGAUUCUGAACAAAAAUGGAAUUAUCGACAUCUGAAUGACAGUUUUCUAUUGAAAAAAAUGAAAAAAAUAAAAAAAUUUUUAAUUUUUUUCAGCCUAAGAAAAAUAUUUUUUUGUUACAUAAAAAAAGAUUGCAAUGGGAAGGAAAAAGAUCACUUUUCUGUUUCAAAAAUCUUAUAAAAAAACUGAAUUUUCCGAAAAAAAUUCCAUUACUUCUGCUAUAAGCGGGAUAAAUUAUUUUUUUAAAUAGUUUUUUUCGUUUCUAGGCUUGAAUUUGAUAUUUUGAAAGUUUAAUUAUUCCAUUUUCCAUUAUUUCUACAAUUUCCAGCAAGCUUUCAUCGACUUUGUCCGGAAAGAACGGCCCUUCAAAAUCGCGGCUUCCGUCGCCUUCAUCCUCUACACGUUCUUCUUCUUCGUCCCGUUGAUGUUCCACGCGACGAGCGUCUACAGGGCCCCCUUCCCCAAUGUCUCGCCCAAUCAUACCAUCAAUCUGCCCAUUAGGUAGAUUAUUCCCAUUUUUAAAAGUCUAUCUUUGUGAUUUUUCACGAUUUUGUGUACUUAAAGCAAAAUUACUGCUUUUUUCUUCGAUAUUUCGCAAAUUCAUACGAUUAUUUCGAUUUUUAAAAAUCGAAUUUUUUAAUUUUCAAGCCAGAUUAUUGCGUUAUUUUCUGAUUAUUUCCCCCAUCAUGUAGAUUUUUUCAACUUUUAAAAAGUUUAUUUUGGUGAUUUUAAACCUUUUGAAAGUUCCACAUGAAAUCAUACGAUUAAUUGGCCCAUUAGGUAGAUUAUUUCGAUUUUCAAACGAAAAAUUCAGGUGAUUUUUCCGCCAUUUUGUAGAUUUCAACCAAAAAUUACUGCUUUUUUUCUUCGAUAUUUCGCAAAUUCAUACGAUUAUUUCGAUUUUUUUAAAAAAUCGAAUUUUUUUAAUUUUCAAGCCAGAUUAUUGCGUUAUUUUCUGAUUAUUUCCCCCAUCAUGUAGAUUUUUUCAACUUUUAAAAGUUUAUUUUGGUGAUUUUAAACCUUUUGAAAGUUCCACAUGAAAUCAUACGAUUAAUUGACCCAUUAGGAAGAUUUUAUCAGUUUUCAAACGUUAAGUUUUGCAAUUUUUUUGGUUUUCUGAUUAUUUUCGAACUAAUUUCCGUGGUAUUCUCUCAUUUCCACGAAGGAAAAAUAUUAAAAUCCAUUCCAACUUUUCAAGAACCCAUGAAACCUUCCCGUUGCAUUUAGAUGUUUGUACCUCGAAAAUUUCCCUGUUCAAAAAAAUUCCUAUGGAGGUAGAAAGCUAUUUUUUAAACUUCCGUUCUUUUUUUCUUCAAAUAUUGAACUAGGGAAUAUUUUUUUAUUAUCAUUAGUUGAUAGAAAAAAACGGUCCGAACCUUUUUCGAUGAAUUUUUGAAGUUAAAAAGUGUAAUUAAAAAAAGCGUUUUUUUCAAGUUAUGGGUUGAUUGAAAGGCAUAAUUGAUUGAUUUUUUUAUUUUCUUGCUUUUUGAAAAAAAUUCAAUUCAAAUAUUUUCCCCACUUUUUUUGGAUAUUUUCAGGGUGAUCCUGGCCACGACGGACCCUGCCUUGGUUCCUGUCGUUAAAGAUUUGCUCAUUUCGGUAGAAAUCCUUGAUUUUCCUCUCCUUUUCAAGGUUUUUCUUUCAGCUCGAAGCGGAUUUAUCGAAAAUCGACGUGGUUUAUCCGCUUCAAAUCGAUUGGAUCACGGAAUUUGGCGGUCUUCGGUUUAUUUUUCAUGGAAAAUUAAAGAAUAAUGAUGAUUUUUCAGGGAUUAUGAAGAUUUUGAAUCGAAUAGAGACAUUUUGAACUCUUCUUCGUCGACUUUUGAUGUUCAUGUGGCGAUUGUGGAGAAAAAAAGGUCAGGGGUUUUUUUGGAGGAAAAAAAGUUGAUUUUUUUCGAAAGAUUUUUUUGACUGAAAAAGUUAAUUUUCUAGUAGUUUUUUUGACUGAAAAAAAUGGAUUUUUUUGAAAGAUUUUUUUCACGGAAAAAUGUAUUUUUUUAUAAUGUUUUUUUGAAUGAAAAAAAUUGAUUUUUUUCCCAAUAUUUUUUUCACUGAAAAGCUUGUUUUUCAAAAGAGUUUUGACAGAAAUGUUGAUUUUUCGAAUGAUUUUGACUGAAAAGUUUCUUUUUCAGAAGAUUUUUGAGUAAAAAAUUGAUUUUUCCGAAGGUUUUUGACUGGAAAGUCGAUUUACAAAGAGUUUUUUUCGACUGAAAAAAAUUGAUUUUUUUUAGAUGGUUUUUUUGACUGUAAAGUUGAUUUUUCUAUAGAAUUUUGGACGGAAAAAGUUUAAUUUCAGGAAUUUUUUUUGGUUGGAAAGUUGAUUUUUUUAGUAGAUUUUUUUGAAUGAAAAAUUCGAUAUUCCAGAAGAUUUUUAAAUCAAAAAUUGCUUUUUCAGUAAAUUUUUGACUGUAAAGUUGAUCUUUCUAGCAAAUUUUCGACGAAAAAGUUGAUUUUUUGGAAGAUUUUUGACUAGCAAGUUGAAUUUUUUACAAUUAUUUUGAACAAAAAGUGUAGGAAAUGUAAUAAUUUGAACACAAAUUUCAACGAAUUACAUUAUUUUUGUGGUUUUUUAGGCGUUUCUCGAGAAAUUCCAUGAUUAUGGCGCUUUUUCAAUGAUUCUUAAGCCAAAAAUUCGAUGUUUUCGAAAUAUGAUUUUUUUUCCAGCAAUGGAAGCAUUUCUCGGCCACAAAUGUUCAGUUGGGCGUUGGAAAAUGGUCUUUCGUCCAGUGGCUGGCAGAUUCCGAAGAAGGGGCAUCCAAGGCCGCUUUCAGGGUUUCUGAACUCGUUGCUGAUGUUGGUUUUUGGAAAGAAGAAGAAAAAUGAUCAAAUUCGGCUCUUCUUGAAAAAAACGUUGAAGUGUAGAAAAUACAGAGAAAUUGUAGAAAAGUCAGCUUGAUGAUAUUCUCUUUACGUAUUAAAAAAUAAUGGCUGAAAAUAAUUUUCAACUAUUUCAUUUUGUAAAGAUAUCAACUUUGAAAGCAAAUUUAUAACAAGGUUUUAAAGGCUUAGCCUCAGAAAGCUUACAAUUUAUUGAUUGAGCUAGCAAAUUUGCAGCCCUCAAAAAUGGUUAGGCUGAUAAAUUUGCAGCCCUCAAAAAUUAUCUAGCUGGGAAAUUUGCAGCCCUCAAAAAUGGUUAAGCUGAUGCAUUUGCAGCCCUCAAAAAUGGUUGAGCUGAUGAAUUUGCAGCCUCCAAAAAUGACAGAGCUGAACAAUUUGCAGCACCCAAAAAUGACAGAGCUGAACAAUUUGCAGCACCCAAAAAUGAUUAGGCUGAUCGGUUUGCACCCCUCAAAAAUGAUUGAGUUGAUAAGCUUGAAUCUCUCAAAAUUCAUUGGGUUGAUCCGUUUGUUGAUUAAUUUUUUUUUAAUUGAUUAGGCUGAUUAGUUUGCAGCUCUCAAAUUGAUAGUGCCGAUGGAUUUGCAGCUCCCAAAAAAAUGAUGAAGCUGACAAAUUCGCAGCUCCCAAAAAUUAUCAAGCUGAUCUAUUUGCAGCCCCCAAAAGUGGUUGAGCUUGAAACUUUGCAGCCCUCAAAAAUUAUCAGGCUGGCAAACUUGCAGCCCUCAAAAUGGUUGAGCUGAUGCAUUUGCAGCCCUCAAAAAUGGUUGAGCUGAUAAAUUCGCAGCCUUCAAAAAUGACAGAGCUGAACAGUUAGGCGCACCCAAAAAAGAUUAGGCUGAUCGGUUUGCAGCGCUCAAAUUGAUAGUGCCGAUAAAUUUGCAGCUCCCAAGAACGAUUGAGUUGAUAAUUAGCAGCUCCCAAAAAUGAUCAGAAUGAUCAGUUUGUAGCCCUCCAAGAGAUUAGACGGACCAAUUUGCAGCUCCCAAAAAAUACCAAGCUGAAAAAUUUGCAGCCCGCAAAUAUGAAAUCCUUCUCUUUCUCUCUCGAAUAUUUAUGAUCUAGAUCCUCCUGGACGUUCCCCACUUGAACUCGAUCGUUCGUCGCGAUUUGCGAGAAAGGAUGGCCCCUUGGCAAAUUGCCACCCUUCCCUUGUCUCACCAGGUUUGAUUAUUAGGAAGUUACAGAAAAAAACUUUAAAAAUGGUUUUUAAAAAAACAAUUCUCAUAUUUUCUCUCGUUUUUCUAGUUAAAAAAAUGCAUUAGAAAAAAAGUAAAAAAAUUCAUCUGGAGUCCUCCAAUUUUCGAAACUUUCUCAAAAUGAUUUUUUUUUAAAUAUUUUUUCAUCACCUUUUUAGAGUUUUUCUAGACUGAAUACAGCACUAGAAGAUUAUAGAAAAUUCGCUGAAGCUUCUUAAUUUUUUGCACCCGACCUGAACCGGUUUAAAGUGAAUUGGCGAGAAAACAAUAGGGAAAAAUGUUGAUCGAGUUUUCAGAAACGCCUCGUUUGGGACUCGGCGCCAUUGGCCAUGAAUUAUCACGUCCAAGUGAUCCAUGUUCAUGACAACGUGGCGCCAACUCCAGAGGAGCUCGAACUUCAGCGGAAAACUCCCAAGGCUCUGAGGAUCUUUGGAAAAAUGGUCGAAAGGGUCACCAAUGUCGAGGUUUUGCCAGUUAAAUGUAGCUUUAUUGAAUUUCAGAGCUUUUUUUGAAAAUAUGUUAAAUUUUAAUAGUCUUUUCGGACCCCUGACAGUCGGAAAAUUUGAAUUUCCCUUCACUUUCUUUCCCGAAAUAAUAACACAACACAAUACUUUUUACAAUUUUUUUUCGCUAUUUUCAGUUUUUCUUAGUGAAUUUGCUUCACAAGGAAUUUAAAAAGCAAAAAAACAAAUCUGAUUUUUUAGAAAUUAGCGAAAAACUCUAUUAUCUAUGAAACCGCUUGAAAAAAUCCACCCUUCGGAGAAGUUGUAUUGCUCAUGUUAGCUCAUUUUGAUUAAAAAUCUAGGGCUUCUUAGUCAUUUUCUAGUUCAAAACCUGUCUCGAAAAGUGUUGCAAUGUUUUUCCUCUAUUAUUUCUCAUAUUAGCUCAUUUUUCAUCCCAGGAAAAUUUAUUUCAAAAUCACCUUGCUGUCCAUAAGCUUCUGUAGAGAAGAGUAUUCAAGACUUAAUAACCCUACUCUUGCUCAUAUUAGCUCAUUUUUCAUCCCAGAAAAAUUUAUUUCAAGAUCACCUUCUUGUCCAAAAGUCUCUGUAGAGAAGAGUAUUCAAGACUUAAUUACCCUAAUAUUGCUCAUAUUAGCUCAUGAUUGACCAAUGAUUAUCGUUUUUGACGAGAAAAAAUACACGAGCUCCCCUUUUAAAGCCUCAAAAAAAGAGUCCAUCAGAAAAGAAAGAUUCUCCAGGUCUCCUCCGAGCACCUGUGGGACUUUGACGUCACUCGGUCCUUCUUGGAAAAAGACGUCCAGGAAAGACUCGUGCUGACCCACGACAACAUGCAGCAGCUCCUGAAGCAGGUCGAAGCCCAGCUUCCGACGUCCCUGGAUUCUGGAGCCGUCCUGAGGGUCGUCGUCCUGGAGACGGCCAAUUCUGUGACCGUCCUGGAUCAGAUGGUUGGAAUUUCUUGCUUUACGAUCAAAAUGAUAUGAUUUUUAGACUAAUUAGUUAUGUCAAUUUUGUGGGCAUUUCUUGAGGAAAAGGAUGAUUUUGAUCAAAUUAAUGAUCCUAGAGAAUGUUCCUAGAUGGUCUAGAGUUUUUCUUCAUAGAAAAUGGACGGUUGAUUUUCCUAGAAAACUUUAGGAAAAAGUUCUUUUUGGUGAGGGUAUGAUCAGGAGGCAUACAUGGGACAGUCUCGGUGGAAACUGAAAAAAACGGGGGGGGGGCGGGGGGAAGACUUGGGGGUCUCCAGUCAUGGUCAUCUCAUGUAUGAAUCAGAAGCGACUCGUAUGCUGGUUCCCUAACAGAGGUACCCCUAAUAAACUCGUGUUUUUGAGGCCAAUUGAGCAUAAAUCGGUUGGACCCACCCCAGCCUUUUUGGCCUGGGAUCCAGCCGACGUAUGUAUUUGAGCCUCAGUUGGGCUAAAGCGGGCCUCAGAUGGGGUAAACGUUGCCAAAAGUUCUACACGCUGUGGUUAUACGGGUUUGAUACGGGGGAUGAUGAGACCCCGUGGGCUAUCCUCAUCAGCAUACAAAAGCAUCGAGAAAAAACAUUUUUAUAGGGUGAGGACAGCAACGGAUUGGCUGUGGCUUCUUGGGGCGCCGUCCUGGCGCGAAACGAAAAGACGGAAUCCAGAGCUAUCGCUGCCUUGAGGUCGGUAUCCAUUGCAUUGGAUUGUCCUUUCUGAGGCUUUGAAAACUUUUUUUUAGAAUCUCUUCAUUUUUCAAUGCUUGAAACUCUUCCUUUUUCCAGAAUCUCUUCAUUUUUCAAAGCUUCGAACCCUCCUUUUUCCAGAAUCUCCUCGUUUUCCGAAGCUAGAAAUCUUCCUUUCUCCAGAAUCUCUUCAUUUUCCGAAGCUAGAAAUCUUCCUUUCUCCAGAAUCAGCUUGAAACCCUCCUUUUUCUCCAGAAUCUCCUCAUUUUUCAAAUUUUGAAACCCUCCUUUUUCCAGAAUCUCCUUAUUUUUCAAUACUUGAUAUCCUCCUUUUGCUCCAAAAUUCCCUCAUUUUUGGUAUCUUGAAACCCUUCUUUUUCUCCAGAAUCCACAUCGGAAUGGACGCCGAACUGAUGCCGGGCUGGUCGAGGCCUCCAGCGCCGCUGUGUGAAUGGGAAGUGGCUCGGGCGAGACUCAGAGCCUGCGUCGACAACGGAAUGAGGGCCGCCAGUGCUAUCAGGGCUCUCAAUGUUCGUUUUAAGGGUUUAGAAGCGAAAAACAGAUUUUCAUAGAAAAUGAUCAAAGUCAUUGUGAAUCACGAUUUUUGAAGCUCAAAAGGCAGAUAGAGCAAAAAAUUGAGCUGUGAAAAAUUCCAGGAAGUAGCCGACAAGAUUACGAAUAUCGUGAUCAACGACGACGUCGCUGAACGAGCCACUCGAGCAGUUCAGCUCCUUUUUGAGGGUCUGAAGCCUGGACAACAGCCGGAUUAUGAGAAGGUUCAUUAUUAAAUCGAAAAAUAAAAAGUAGAAAAAAACACAAAAAAACUAUUGAAAAAAAUAGAGCGGCUUUGAUAUUCAGAAGGAUUUGGAGCACUCAGAAAUGUUCAAAAAAACAAAAAAAUUGAUUGGGAAAUUAGGAAAAAUUCGAUUGUAACUGUAAGAAAAGAGCUUUUAAAAGAUUUUUUUAAACUUGAAAAAUCGAAAAAAAUCAAAUAAUCCAAAUAAUGGUCUGGAAUCAGUUGAGCACCUAGUUGAAGUGUUUCUGUUAUUUUUGAAUCGUUUAGGAAUUUCCAGGGAGUUUUUAGAAUCAAAAGAUAACCCAAAUAUGAGAAAAAUAGGUUUUAACUGUAAGGAGAGUUUUUGGGUUUUAAUACACGGAAAAAAUUCAAAAAAGAGCAACGAAUCAAAAAUUUUGGAUUGGAGGAAGGGUUUUCAGCUUCAAAAAAAUGACGGAAUGGGUCAAAAAAAGGAUCUUUUAAGGGGGGUCAAAGAACGAAAAAAGAUGCGAAUUCCCUUUUCAAAACUUUGAAUUUUAACUGGGAGUUUCUAAAGUGCAACUUUUGGGUACAAAAUUUUAUGUUUUGAAGAAAUUUUGGCGUCUAAAAAUCUUCAUAAACCGAUAUUUCAACAAAACGGAAUCAAGAAGAAACUAAUCAAAAAAAUCAAAUAAUCAAAAAAACAUGGUCUAGAGUCAGUUGAGCUCAAAUUUGUAGCGUUUCUGAUAUUUUGAAACGUUUCGGAAUGUUCAGAAAACUUCCAGAAGCAAAAAAUGACCUGUGAAUAGGAAAUUCGGGUUUUAACUGUAAGGAGCGUUCCUUGAGUUUUUUUUUACGCGGACCUAAUUCAAAAAAAGGGCACAAUAUUGUUAAAAAAUAGGCUUGGAGACGGCUAAAAUUGAAAUUUGAGUCGUCCUGGUUGUUUUGCAAUGUCCAGGAACUUGUCAGCAUCAUAAUAUUUUCGUCUUUGAGUGAAAUAAAUGAAUAAUGAGUCACUUGACAAAAAAAUUUAAAAAAUGACUCUCUCGAUUUUAGGAAGAAUCCGGUUCAUACAAAUUAAAUCGACCACACUGAAUCCGAAAACAGCAACAGUUUUUGUGUGGGACCUCUGCGAACUGAGAUAUUUCAUUAAAUGCAAUAUUAAAAAAAUUUUUACGCCAGUUUCACUCAUUCCACGUAUGAGUCAAAAAAAAAUUCGAAAAAAUGGUUUCAGCUGGUCGAAGCCCGAAAGUUGGCCGACAGCGCAAACUCCGACCAUUCCUUGCUCUCUUUGUUGUAUUUUCCAAUGGAUCAGAGAUUCGCCGUUUUCCUCCCGAUUGUCUUCCCAAUUUGUAUCGCCACCGGCCUCUCGUUCUAUAGACUUUCCAUCACUUGGCUCACUAGGUCUUGGCUUUAA